UUACCUAUUUGUGUUAGUGGGAUCCACAGUUUUUGUGGAUUAGAGUCGCGAUCGCCUUCAUCUUGCGAUCAACUUGUUUCUGAAGGACCAUUGACGAUUGGCCGAUUACACUUGGGGAGCUGGUGCACUCGCCUAUCUCUACAGACAGUUGGGAGUGGCCAUACGAGCGGGUAG